AUGACAACACAGGUUCCUGACCUUACAACAACCUUCACGCCCGCCAAAGCAUGCUUCCAGUAUUACAAGUAUAGAUAUACAGGCGAUGAACUUACAUGUCUGUCAGGCGGCACCGGUGCGCCCAGUGUUUGCACCUAUAUGCAAUUGGGUCCCUCAUCAAGUGACGCCGACUGCUUUCCAAGCAGCUUAGAACUCAGUUCAACCUUUUACUACUCACCCGGUAUAUGUCCCAGUGGAUUCGAGGUGGCGUGUAGUUCAACAGUCGGGGGCGAGACGAGAGCGACGUGUUGUCCAAGUUCAUUUAGUUGUCAAAAAGAGACGGGUUGGCCAUGGUACAGCACUGAUCUUUGCACAAUCGUGAUACCAAGGACGGUUGAAGUGAUAGUUUCUGACUCAGUUGUCGGAGGAGACUGGGAAAGGACCACAGUCAACGGAGCUGCUGCCAAUGCUAUUGGUAUUCCCAUCCGAUGGCGUUCCUCCGAUUUUGCGUCCACCACGGCUGGGACCACGACCUCUUCAACCGGCAGCGCAACUGAAACGAUUUCUUCUUCAACAGCCACUUCAUCGAGUGAUUCUUCGUCGGGUAAUGGGGGAUUGAGCACUGGAGCUAAGGCAGGAAUUGGAGCUGGCGUUGGAGUUGCAGCUCUUGCUGGACUUGCUGUAUUAGGCUGGUUUGUGCUUCGGGCGAGGAGGGCUAAGCAGGCACAUGCAGCCGCUGCGGUUGGGGAAAUGGAGGCUAAGGAACCUCAGGUGCACGUGCAACAGCACCCAUGGGAGCUUGAUGGUCACGAAACUAUGACCCCAGCGGAGCUACCAUCGGAAAGUGUGAGUCGUGUUGUGUACAAAUGA